AUUAAAAAAAAAAAACAAAACGUUAAAUAUAAAUAAAAGGAAAAAAAUCAAACUAUUUCCACAUUUAUUUUAAAUAUUAUUUAUUUUAAUUAAUAAUUCAAUUUUAAAUAAAUUAAUUAAAAAUAAUUGUAUACUACUGCGUUGGAAGAAAAACGCCAUUACAAAUUUUGACGAUUAUUAAAAAAAAAAGCUGAAAAAUAGCAUCACCACUAAUAUUGUCUAAAAGGAAUAAAUUAUAUUAUUGAAAAGAAGAAAUUUGAAUUUACAUUGAAGAUCAAUAAAUUCUACAAAUACAAAUACAAAACAAACAAAGUUUUCUUUAUUUAUUAAACAAAUUAGGAAAAAGCUCAAAAUAAUUUAAAAUUUUUUUUUAAUUUAAAUAAAUUAAAAUAGCAAAAACAUAUAUUUUUAAAUUAAACUGAACUUUUUGAUUAAUAAGCAUUCACGUUUCUGAUUACUUGAAAUUUAAAUUUCAAAACAAAUUGUUAAGUCACGUUGAAGGAAAGUUCAUCUUCUGAAAUCAGUAAACAAUAUUGGAAAAAAGCAGAAAGAAUUUUAUAUUCAAAUUGAUACGAGUACAGCCAUUGUGUAAAAAUAUCGUCAUCGAAGUAAUAUUCAAAAAUUUGUUAAAGGAAGGAAGCACACAUAAUAAGAAACAAACGAAAUAUUUAAUUUUAAAAAUUCAAAAUAAAAUUAUUGAAUUACAAUUUAAAUAUUGGCAAUUAAUAAAUAUAUAUACAUAAAUAUAUUUAUAAAAUAUAUAUACAUAAAUAUAAAAAGAAAUUUUAAAUUAGAAUAUGGCAUCAUCGAUUUUAUCAAAUACAACAAAUUCAACAAAUUCAAAUACAACAUUAUCAUCAUCAUCAUCUACAAAUAAUGCAAGUAGUAUAGUAGGAGGUGUAUCAUCAAGAAAAAGGCCAUAUGACGAUUUAAUUUCAACAACAAAUUAUUCAUAUACUAAUGGUAAUAAUAAAAAUAAUUAUUUAACACAACAACAACAACAAUUAAAAAAACAAUUAUCAAUGGAUAAUAUUGAAUUAAAAUUAAAACAAAAUGGUUUAAAUAAUGAUAAUAAUAGUAUAUCAAGUAAUAAUGUUACAUCAAAAUCAUUAUUACAAAAGAAUAAAUCUAAAAUGACAUCAUCAUCAACAUUACCAAUUAAAACAACAACAACAACAGUAAGGAAAACAACAACAUCAACAGAUUUUUCAACAAAUCAAUUACAUAAUAAUAGUAAUUUACAAAAUGGUGAUAAUGAUACAGAUGAUGAACAUCAAAAUAUUAAUAAUCAUCAUUGUAAUCAUAAUGAUAUUGGAUUAUUAGAUGAUAAUAAUGAUUCUACAUUAAAUUGUAGUAAUAAUGGUCAUACUAUAACAACAAAUAAUAGUAUACCAUCAUUAGUUUCUGUUAAUUUUCCUGGGUCUAGUACAGUAUCGGACCUUGAAAAUUACGAUAAGACAAUUUGUAAGCCAGCUCCAUUUUCAACUGAAGAAGAUGCUAUACGAGAACGUGAACGUUGUAAUUACGCACAAAAAAUUACACUUCAAAUGGCAAAAUCUGGUAAUACACCACGUCGUAUUAGAGUUUAUGCCGAUGGUAUUUAUGAUUUAUUCCACCAGGGUCAUGCAAGGCAAUUGAUGCAGGCUAAAAAUAUAUUCCCAAAUGUUUAUUUAAUUGUUGGUGUUUGUAGUGAUGAAUUAACACAUAGUAAAAAAGGUCGAACUGUUAUGACUGAUAAAGAACGUUAUGAAGCUGUACGGCAUUGCCGUUAUGUUGAUGAGGUGGUUCCAGAUGCUCCAUGGAAUUUAGAUGAUCAAUUUAUUGAAUACCAUAAAAUUGAUUUUGUUGCUCACGAUGACAUUCCAUAUACAGGUGAUGGUGUUGAAGAUAUUUAUGCACCAUUAAAAGCUAAAGGAAUGUUUGUUGCUACUCAACGCACAGAAGGUGUUUCAACAUCUGAUAUUGUUGCACGUAUUGUUAAAGAUUACGAUAUAUAUGUAAGACGUAAUUUGGCUAGAGGCUAUUCUGGUAAAGAAUUAAAUGUAUCAUUCCUAUCUGAAAAGAAAUUUCGUUUACAAAAUAAAAUGGAUGAAUUAAAAGAUCGGUCAAAGCGUGUUAUGAAUGAAGUUAAAGAAGAUAUCAUUGGUAAAUGGGAAGAGAAAUCACGUGAAUUAAUUGAUGCUUUCCUAUUAUUCUUUGGACGUGAACGAUUAAGUCAUAUAUGGAAUGAAUCAAAGGGUAAAAUAAUGCAAGCAUUAAGCCCACCAAGUAGUCCAAGCGGUUCUGUUAACGGCGGUGACGAUAAUGAUACCGAUGAUGAAGAUGAACAUUGGGAUGAUGCAACAGAAAAUGGACAUGAUUCAAAUUAUGAAACAUCAUCGCCGCCAUCAAAACGAUCACAUCAAUUAAAAAAGAGUGCAUCAAAUGGUAGCACAUAUUAUUUGAGUAAAAGUUCCAGUACGAAUAGUUUAAAAAUUGCACGUGCUGAAUCAUUUGCUGAUGAAUAUGAAAGUCCGAGACGUUAGAAAUUUUUUUUUUUAGGAAAAACAAAAGGAAAAAAAUUUAAUAAAAGAAAAGUAAAUAUGUAUAAGGAAAGAAAAAUAAGGAUUUUUUUUUUUUUUGAGUAUAGUAGUAAAAACAAAAAACAUGAUACAAUAAAAAUUAAUUUAUAAAAAGAAAAGAAAAAAAAAAUUGUCCUAAAAUUGUAUUAAGAAAAAUUAAUGAAAUAAGACAAUUGGAACCAGAAUAUAUAAUUGAAAAGUAAAAAAAUAAAAAGCGUAGUGUUUGGAAUGUCGCUAAGAUGUAAAAAUCAAAAAUUAUAAAAGUAAUUUGAUGAUAAAAAACGUGGAUGAAAUUUCCAGAUCCAAACAUUAAGUUGAUAGGAGGAUAAAAUAAAAAAAGUAUAUAAUAUAUUAGCGUUUUUUUUUUUAUAAGAAAAUUUUAUUUAUAAAUGAAGCCAAGAAUUCAAUUAGGUUUUUUUUGUUAACACAUUGUUUUGUUAUGUAUACCAAUAAUAAAUUGUUUUUUUUUUUUUUUGUUUUUUUUUAUUAAGAAAUUCUCAAUAUUAACUAAAUAGAAUUUAAUUUCAAUUUAAAAAUUAAAACACAAUAUUUUUCUAGCACAUUUUUUUUUUUAAUUUUCUUGUCCUAUGAUGGUUUUUUUUUUCAAUAAAACCAAAAAUUCAAACUAAAAUUAACUUUGAAUUAAUUUUAGAGUUAAAACAAUCUUCACUUACUUAUUAAUUACUUAUAAUUAUAAUUAAUAUUGUUAGAUAUUAAUUUUUUUUUUUUGUUAAUAUUUAUUUAUUUAAUAUCAAUUAAUGUUUAUGAAAUGAAAUAUGAGCUUUGAUCGUCAAAUUUUUAUAUAAAAAAACAAUUGAUUUUUUUUUUCGUUGCUGGUAAUUAGACGACCGCAUAAGUAAUUUUCGCGAGAAAUGUAAAGUAUAUGGUUAAUUAUUGCAUAAGAAAAUGAGAAGUUGAAGAAUAAAUGGUUAUUAUCUGGCAGAUUUAAAAUUUAAAUAUUAAUAUAAUUUGAAAAAAUAAAUUCAUAUAUGUAUAUGCAUAAAAAUAUAUUGAAAUAUGUACAAUUUCUUCUUCAAUAACUAUUUCAAUUAAGUAAUAUAUAUUAUUGAAAUUGUUUUAAAAAAUAAUUAUUGUAAAUCGUUGAAUAAAUAUUUAUUAAUAAAAUGAUUUUAAUAAUAAAUUUGUAAUAUAUUUAGAUCAAGUGAUAUAUUUUUAUCAAAAAAAAAACAAAAACAAAAAACUUAAAAAAUAGUGAAUUUCAAUAUCUUGACAAAUAAUUAAAAAAAAAUUAAUUUUUUUUUUUAAAUAUAUAUUAAAAAGGAAAAAAAAAAAUAUGUUGUUGUGCCAAAAUGAAUAUGAUCUGAUUAAAUAAAAACUUUUGGGAAUUGAAUUUUGUUAAAAUUAUUUCAUUACAACAAAAAAGUAAUUCUUGUCUUCAAAAUGGCUUUUAAUGGAAGAAAUCAAUUAAAAUUUAUAAAGACAAUGACCUUAUAUGAUUUAGCUCAGAGUUUGUUCUGCAUUAAAAUGCAAUUGUUUUUUUUUUUUAAACAAAAUUAUCACAUUGAAUUACAAUUUAAAGGUUUACGAAAUUUUGACCCUUGCUACUUAUUGCUAUUAAUAAUAAUUCGUAAUAUAAAAGAAAAAACUAGGAAUUUUCAUAUUUCAUUAUAUUACUUAUAAAAAUUCAAAGUUUUGCAAUUUUUUUAAAAUUUUUGAUAAUUAUAUACAUUGAAAUAAUUAAUAAAUUUAAAUAAAUUUAAACAAAAUUGUAACUCUAUUGGUUAGAAAAAUGAAUUUCUAACGCACUUAAGAGUUAUAAAUUAUUUAAUAAAAUUUGAUAAAAAUUUUUUAAUACAUAUUAAAACAAUUAAAAUAUUAAUAUAUGACAAUUAUAAAAAAAUUCAAUAAUAUACUGUACCCAGUUUAUGACAAUAUAAGUUAACAUAUUUGUUUAAUAAUAUAAAUUACAAAAUUGCAACCAAUUUUUAAGCAUGUUACUUAGAAUGAGUAAUUUAAAAUUAUUUUUUUUUUCGAUUUAGCUUUUAGCAUUUAAACAACAAUAUUUAAAGAAAACGUAAAAUCGAAAAACUCAAAAAUUAUAAUAUUAAAGAUAAUUGUAUUGUACUUUGGCUGUGGUUUUUUGAAAAAAAAAAAAAAAAUGUAAGAAAAUAUUUUUCUUAUUGAAUGCGGGUUUUUUCUUUAAAAACCCCAAAAAAAAAAUAAUGUUUUAAUUUAAUUUCAAUCUUCUCAAUUUCUUUGCACAAAAUAAUUAAUAAAAAAUAUAAGGCUUUAUAAAAAGAGAUAAAUAAAAAAUAAAAAUAAUAAAAUGUUGAAAAUAUGAAUAUUUCGAAUUCUAAAUAAGAAUACACAGAAAUUAUUUAUUACUUUGAUAGAGAAAUCAAUAGAACAUUAAAAUUUGUUAAUAAAAUUAAAUAAAAUUACGUCUAAGUAAUUAUUUGAAUUUUUUUUUUUUACUUAAUAUCUACAUAAACUUGUAUAUUAAAAUGUAUAACAGUUUAAUCGUUUAAUAAAAAAAUAUAAAAUAUUUUUAAAAUUAUUAAAAUAAAUUGAUUGAAUUAACUAAUCGAUAACAAAUAUUAGUUUUGUUCAAUUAAAAGUACAACUAAGUAAAAUUGGAAUUGGAACUUUUAGAUUUUUGUUUUUUAUUAAGAUUCAAUAAAAUUUCCUUUUCUAUUUUAAUUAAUUUUUUAAAUUAAUUUUUUUAUUUUGAUUUUUGAAGAUAUUUUAUGUUAUUAGUCUCAAUCUCUAAAUUUAUUUUCAUAUUCUUAUUAUGUAAAAUUAAAUUAUAUUCUAUAAAAUAAGUUUUGAAUUAAAAUUUUUGCUUUUUCAUUACUAAUUUUCUUGGUUCUAAUUUAUAAUAUUUUGAAAAAAAAGAAGAAGAACUUUAAAUGCAGUUCAAAAAUAAUAAAAUUUAAAAUGAAUAGAAAUAAAUUAAAAUCGUUAAAUUAUAUUAAAUCUUUUAAACAAAAAGGAAUAUAAGCAAUAAUUAAAUUUUACUUAAUAAUACAGAAAAAAUAAAAUAAAUUAUAAUAAAUAAUUUUCGUAAAUUUCGAUAUACUUAUAUAAAAAAAAAAUCUUUUUUAAAAAAAGUGAUAUUCUAUCAUACUAAUACUAAUUAAUAUUUAAUAAUAUUUUAAAAUAAAAACUAUAAAAAUAAUUAAGUAAAUGAAAAGAAAAGGAAAAAAAAUUGUGUACAAAUUUAUAAAAAAAAAAAUUGAAAAAUUUUAGAAAGUGUAUUUCCUCAUACGAAAAAAGAAAAGAAAGCUACAUAAUAUGAAAUAUAAUAUAAAUGAUAAAAAAAAAAUAGUUACUUAUUUUCCAAACGCAAAUAUUUAAUUGUAUAAAUUAUAAAUUAUUUUAAUUUUUUAACUUUAAACAUUUUUUGUAUUAUUGUUAAUUUUUCAUCAUUUAACAUAAAAUGGAAAAGUAGUGCUGUAAUGCACAAUUUUUAAAAACAAUUGUAAAUGUGUUCUUUUAAGUCGUAUGCAAAGCCAUUAGAUUUAUAAUUCUACUUGCAAAACAUGUUAACUUAUCGGGUACUGGUAAUUCUUUUCUAAAUGACUUAAAAAAAUUGACUUACAAAAUAUAAUUCUUUUCUUAAUAAACUCUAUGUUCUCAAAAUCACUUUGGCUUUAUGCAUAAUAUUUAAUUAUAGAUUUUAACUUAAUUUGAAGAUGCAAGAGCUUUAUUGCAUUACCCAAAUUUUUUUAUAUACAUUACAUUUGAUGUAAUAUAUCAUUUUAUAUAUACAUUACAGAUACAUUAUUUGCUCUAUCUUAAUUGAAUAGGCUCGUCACCUACCUAGUUAAUUCAAUGACGCCCGAAACUGGUUCGUUUCUAUUUACAAUUAUCAUGUCAGCCGUAUGCUCCUCCUAGGAGGGCAGUAGUAUAAAAAAAAAACUAAAUAAAUUGUGACUCGGCUUACCGCAAAGAACUUUGGUAUUUUUGUUAAUAUUUAUGUGACAUUGCAUUACAGUCGCCGAAACACAGAACGAACACUUUUCUGUUUUUAAAGUAUAUUUUUAUUCCUGUCCUACAUAAAUUAAACUAUUUAAGAAAUUUUUUUAGAAAAUUCAGAAUCGAGCUUAUAAAAUUAAAUUAAAUUAAAAAAUAAAGAAAUAUUUUUAGAAACCUUUUAAAGUUAAAAAAGAAAAAAAUUUGCUUUUUCUUAAAAAAAAUUAUAUAUUUCAAGUAGUAAUUGAAUUUUAUUUUAUAAAAAUUAAAUUUUUUUAAUAAAUUUUUUGA